AUGGCCCUUCAGGAGGCUUCUGAAGCCUACCUCGUUGGUCUCUUCGAGGACACCAACCUGUGCGCCAUCCACGCCAAGCGCGAGGCUUCUGAGGCCUACCUCGUUGGUCUCUUCGAGGACACCAACCUGUGCGCCAUCCAUGCCAAGCGCGUCACCAUCAUGCCAAAGGAUAUCCAGCUUGCUCGCCGAAUCCGUGGAGAACGUGCAUAA